ACCUGAACGUGUGACACAUGACAGCGACGACGUCUUGGCAAAAACAAAUCGCAGAAAAAAAUAGUUUUUUUUUCUUCUUUUCUUUCAAGUGCAACAUCAAUCAUAUUAAAAUUAAUUCACAUAACUACGCCUUUAUAAAAUGGGGAACUCAAAUUCUCGUAACUCGGACACCAAGUCCAUCACCCACCACACAGAUAAUCAAAACACCAACAAUGAUCAUCACCUAACACCAAUGACAAGCAGCAACGUUAAAACAACAAUGUCCCGAUCAGCCUCUGGAGCUGAAAUAAGCGAAAAAUAUCUCACCCAAUUCGUGCCCGUGGAAAAGUUGGCCGAAAAACUACAAGAAAAAUCACAAAAAUUCCAUGUCAAUGGAAUUGUUGGUGACAUUUUCGUCAGUCAAGUAUUUCCACGUUAUUCCGAUUUGGGACAUCGUCUCUUCAAACAACUACAUCACAAUUCACGAGCACAAACUGAAUAUCUUGGCACAGUUGCAUUCCGUCAACAAUGUGAACGCUUCCUAGGAAUAAUGGACGAUGUCAAGAUACUCGAAUGGUAUAUAAGAAUGUACGCCGAAAUUGAUAGACCAGAUUUUAUCAAUAAACAAGGCGUCACAAGGCUCUUAUUGACCUGCUACACUGUGGCAAUGGAUCAUUCUGGCAAUGCCGUCCUUUGUCCGGCUAUCAAUCGAACUUUUGACUCUGUUGUCAAGUCGAUCUUUUUCACUGACCAAGACAGUCUGAGUAUUGGUUUUGUGUGUCGAUGGUUUGAGACCAAUUUGAUUCGGUCGGUGCUGCUGGUGCACAAAUAUUGCCUACAUACGCUAUCAACUGCGUAUCGCGGACUCGAACAAAAUGAACAGUCGUCAGGCAUAGAAUUGUCGACGCCAGUAUUAGAACAACGAACUCCAUUCCCCGAGCAAUCCGAUUCGGAUUUAAACACACUGAUGCCUCUGUCUCAGGCUUGGCUGCUUGCCGGAGCCCUUCCACCAUUGUAUUCAAAGCCACAGGCUGUGGUCUCACAAAGUGCCAAUAAGUCAGCUUCGGCUGCUCAAAUCUUCAAAGACAAAUUGUCGAUGUUGCCUUCACAUUGGACUUUGCUUUAUGACUCCAAUGAGCAUGGUCUUGGGUCGAAUAGGUUUUUGCACCAUCUCAUGGGGUACCGUGGUCCUACUCUAAUAUUAUUGAACACAAAAGAUGGUCAGACGUAUUGCAUUGGUUCUCCUAAUGAAUGGAAGGAGACACACCUCUACACAGGUGGAGAGGGCAGUGUUGUGAUACAACUGUUGCCUAAAUUUGCAAUUUUGGAGAAGAAGCCCAACAUAUUGUACUUAAACACUUGUGUUCGGGGUUACCCGAAGGGUCUGCGGGCCGGAGCCGAUCCAAAGAAGCCAAUUCUAGCUGUGGACGAGCAUUUCGAGAACAUUGAUUGUAAGGGAAUUUCCGCCGUCUUGAUUUCCAUUGAGAUUUGGGGUUGUGGGGAUAAGAGUUCACGUGAAGUUCAAUUGGACAUUAAGAAAUGGCAAAUCAAAGAAGCCGAACGCCAGCGUACCGUUAAGCUUACAGCAGCUGAUUGGAUGGAUCAUCCAGAUAGAUAUCUUCUGGAACUUGGUGGAAGACAAAACUAUAAUAACUGAUAUUCAAUUUUUAUUCCCAUGUUGCUUAUUCUCUGUGUGUGGGGAAGCGUAGCAUAACGAUGAUGACUAGAGUUAGAUGCUUGUGAGAUGAGAAAGAGAUAUAAACGCGACGGUAUAAUGUCCUUUUUGACUUUUUGCACAAUAAUUGCGUCACAUCGGACUUAGCUUUCGUUUAGUGAUAAUAAUUUACUUAACAAUUUUUAUUCUUCUGUAUUUUUUUAAUUUUAUUUUUAUUUUUGUUUUUGAGAAAAAUCCUAUUUGAAAAUAAAGUUCAUUCUAUUUUAUUAUAAUGCAAAAGCAAACUACCUUAUAAGAGGUGAAA